AUGUUUCAAGUAUCUCCCAUUGCCGUAGUUGCUGGUAGUCUUGCCAGGUUUGCCGCAGGUGGUAUAAUCUUUAGUCUUCUCUUUGGUGAACGAUUGCAUGCAGCUAUGACUCAAGAAAAGGGUGCGGGUGCGGGUACGGAGAAAUGCAAGCAGGCUGAAUGUUGUUCAAAACGUAAUUUAGUCAUCGAACUGUUGACGUGUGUUCUUCAGGCGUACGUUACUGGGGUGCUCCUCAAUAUUACCAAAACGGAGGAUUCCAAUGAAGCUGCUUUUCUCGGCUUGGUUCUGUUUGGCGGAUGGAUUGUUCCUUAUGUUGUAAGCGGGCACAUUUGGGACAACAGACCGUUCCUCCUGGCAAAGCUUAAAUUUCUUAAAGGGUUCUUGGAUACUGUCGGACUCGCUGUACUGAUGUUUACGAUUGGAACCUACCAGUAA